GCACAAGCAUGUGUAAGGCAGUGUGGGUGCUGGGUGUGCGCACAAGCAUGUGUAAGGCAGCUACAGCUUUGGUUUAGAUUUUCUUGGGCCCUUUGUCUCAGCAUGUUCUCGUCUUUGUUUGGCCUUUGUUUGGUCUUUGUUUCGGUCUUUGUUUAAACUCUCUGUGGCUUUUGUGUGGCCUUUCUUUAGCCUUUUAUUUCAGCCUUGUGUGGCCUUUGUGCUCUGUUUGUGUGGCCUUUGUUUUAACGAGCAUCUUGACCCAUCAAAAACACCAUCUGUGAUGAAAAAUCCAGUCAUACACGCUCUCCCUAUAUAUUCUGCGUGCGUCGGGAUAGCCGCACGCCCUCAGGGACCUGGCAUACACGGCGACUCUGUCUCACACGACAGCCACCGUCUGAAGAGGGAAUAAGAGAAGCAAAUGAUACCAAGACAAGCUCGCAGCAGAGACCUAAUUGCCAGAGGUGUGCGGAUGAAGACCCAGGUACAGUGAGAUGAGUCAAAAAAUGGCUAAGGAGGGUCCCAGACUCUCCAAGAACCAGAAGUUUUCCGAGCACUUCAGCAUACACUGCUGCCCGCCCUUCACCUUCCUCAACUCCAAGCGCGAGAUCGUGGAUCGGAAAUACAGCAUCUGCAAGAGCGGUUGCUUCUACCAGAAGAAAGAGGAGGACUGGAUCUGCUGUGCCUGCCAGAGGACCAGACGUCGUGCCAAGUCCCCUCAGAAGCCCAAGCAACAGCCAGCUUCGCCCCCCGCGGUGGUCAGAGCGCCAGCCAAGCCAAGGUCCCCUCCAAGGACUGAGCGUCAGCCGCGUCCCCGCCCAGAGGUCCGGCCACCACCCGCCAAGCAGAAGCCCCCUCAGAAGCCCAAGCCGCCUCCUCGCAGCAGCCCCCUCCGAGGGCCAGGCGCCGGCCGUGGGGGGUCUCCCAGCAAAGCUUCUAGGUUCUGGUAACACCAGUGGCUCUUGCCUCCCCCCCGCCGAAGAUUGAAGAGGAGAAGCAAGUCAACCCCAAGAAGAAAGUGACAAGGACCCCGAUUAAAGCAAGCGGAUGGCCUCUGUGUCUAGACUCACAACUUCACAACCUACCUGCCUUUGGACCGUUUUCCUGGCUUCCAGUGCGAUGCAGGGGAAACCUGCUGACCGUCCACAGCCCCCUGGUGUGAGAGCCCCGGGGAGGCCUGCCUGGAGCACUUUGAAGAUACCUACCGUUCCAUUCCCUUCCUCGAUAAUUGCCAGUGAGGACUCUGCUGUCACUCCCCUGUCCUCCCACUGACCCAAGUUUCUUCAGUCUGAAGAUUUAUGUCUUCCUUCAGGGACCUGCAGGAAAAGUUAAUGUUGCACAACCAUCAAAAUGCAAAAGUUUUUUUUUUUUUUCUAAAU